AUGCACCGCAGCACUGCGAAGUUGUGGUUGGACAGUGAAUGGCUGCAAUGUUGCAUUGCAGAAUACAGCCCUGGCGCAAUCAUCAUCAUCGUUCCCAACAUAGGUAGUUUAGUUAUCGUUAUCGAGGUGGUUGGCAGGCAGGUGGCAAUCAGAAGCUCAGGCAUACAUGAAGUUUCAAGCAACAGCCACGCACAGGCGUGGUUGCGGCUAAAUGCUCAUGAUCUGUGGUUCCCUGUGGUUGGCUCCAACCAAGAGGUUCAUGGUUUUCACUUCGCUUGCAAGAACACAGAUCUUCAGGACAUCUCCGCGCGCCUUGAAGCCAGAUUUCCUGAAAUAAGCGCACAUGAGCCCUCGGCACCAUUGUCGAUUUCUUGGUUGUUGUUUCUGGCGAGGUUCAGAGGGUGGUGCGAGCUGCACAACGACAUUAAAGAGGUCAAGAGCUGUGUAAGGUCCCUACUGCGUGUUUUUAUUAAAUUCGGGGUGUCCCCAGACUGGCAAUAUUUCCCGGAAGACGACGACGUCCGACUACUUUGCGUAAGUUACGCCGUUGCUCUGGCAUUUGACCAGCUCGGCGAGACGGCAGAGGAUUUGAUGACUGACGUGUGGGAGGAGGCUUUUCAUUACGAUUCACCUGCAUCCAAACAUGUACUCAAUAUGCGUGGCUGGUUCAACAGUCAAAAUCUGUUCCGGAGUAUGCUGUUUGACGUAUCUGAGCUUGUCAAGGCAAUGAAGCCACAAGUGGUCAACUUGGUCAACGCAACAAAAGUCCCACUGCAGAUUUACGUGUCAAGGGAUGGAGUUGAUGGCACUGCUGAGGUCAGGUCCUUGCCAGCUCGUGCAAAAACAGAGCUGAAAGUGGGUGCCAGCGACUUCCCUGAUGCGGCCGGUGCGUUGACCAUGCAGACCAUCCUUCGGAGGGUGACAUGCUUCGAGGACGCGAUAAGGUUCUUGCCGGGCAAGGAUCAGUACGCACAGGAGGCAUCAGGUCGACACGAUGAUGACAACCCCAUCAGCGUACUUGGUCACAGCAGAUUGUGUGAGAGCAGGAGCCAGGAUGAGAACACUUUGCGCGUCGUUCAAAAACGAUGUCCUGCACGCUGGAUGGAGAGACUAGCAGAUGAAAGCUGCUUCUGCGAUUUGAGCAUACCUGCCAUUCAGGGCGCCAGCUUCAAAGCUUGCAACACAGAAGCUUUUCUUUCCUUACUGAACUACGGCUUCAGGGCUUUCGAGGUGUCCUUGAAUGCGGGCGACAGGCUGAACAUUGAACAUGCAGGACAAAGUCAGCCUUCGCUUCCGAAAGCCUUGUGCUUCGGCGACCUGAGCUUUCUGCAGGUCACGGCGGCUUGUACUGAUUUUCUCAAGAAGCACCCUGCAGAGUGCGUCACGCUCAUCAUACAUCGCGGAAGCUUGGAGGCCUGCCCAAGCACGGUUCUCACUACCUAUGAGCCCUUCGAGCUGGCGAUGUGCCUAGGUCAGGCUCGAGGCAAGAUUCUGGUUCUUCUGAAAGAUGCUUCUAACCAGCCAGUAUCUGCCGAUGGCAGGUUUGAUCUGCUGGUGGUGGAUGCCAAGCAGAGAGGAUGCAAGUUGCCAGCAAGGAUGAUGUGUUUGGAUGGAGCGACAACUCCAUCUUGGUUGCCAUUGCUGCUGCAGUCCCUGCAACCGACCCCUCUUGGGUUCGCUUUCUGUCAAGUCAACGAAGUGGAUGAGUCCAUUGAUGCUUGGAUCCUUCUUGUUGUGUCAUUGAACGUUUUCAAAGAAGAGACCAAUCCAGGAUCUCUAAUCUGCGGUUGCUUUCGUGAAGGCAGUCCGCCCAUUCCAUGCGGAUUCUUUCUGAGCAAGCCGAAGGGCUGCACAAUGGCAGACGAAUGCAUCAGAUGCCACAAUUGUUGCAAGAAGCGCAGCGGGCGCAGACGCGCUGCGCGUUUGCGACAUGAAGCAGACGCUGUGAUUCAAGGAGACGCUGAGAAUCAAGACGAGUCCCGUGUUCCCAUCAAAUCCCUUACGCCAUUCUUCGAGCUGGGAGAUGCCAUCGAGGCAUUGGUGAAAGCCAGACACGAGUUUAUGCAGAGAUGUUUGUGCUUUGGGAUCGGCUUGCGACACACAUCAAUGUGGCACACUUGCUUCAAGCCUUAUGAACGUGCUCUGCGUGACUGUCUCACCGAGCUCUCACCAUCGCUGCGAUGCAGAAGGCUUCUUGAAAACCACUGGGCGAACCGCACUCGCUGGAAGGAUUCGGACUGGACGAGCAGUCUGGUCACAAAUGAAUGGAAAGAACCCCCUGCUGAGAGGCUUGAACUUCGGUUCCAGCACCUUGCUAGAUGUUUGAUGUGUGCCCAUGCGGUUUGGGCUAGACCGGACGAUGGCACGGCAAGCUUGAUGAGAUCUCUGCAGUUUUUGCGGCAAGCCGCACAAUGGCGAUCCAGAUACGCUUGCGACGGCUUCCUAGUCUCAGAGAUCUGGGCAGCCAGUGCCAUCUUUGCCGAGGAUACACAGAUGUGGACCCUGCAGGCUGAGGAUACACACAUGUGGACCCUGCAGGGAGUUCACGUGGAGCAUGUGAGGCAGGCGCAGAAGGCCCUUGUCGGAGAAGUCUGGCCAGAAGUUCAGGCACUGAUUCAGUACCAGAGAAAGGCCUGGUCACUGGCAGCUGAUGCCUUGCUUCCUGCAGAUCCUGCUGUCUCGGCUCACACGAAAGAACGUGAAGACUUAUCUGCAGCGUAUCGGAGAUAUGGUGACAUGUACUGUACAAACCAAACGGGGUGCCAGCAUGACGAACAUCCUGACAUGCAGUGA